UCACAACGUCCUUCUGACAAAUGACAAUUGAGCAGGUGCUCAAAAAAUUCCGGCUUAAUCUUAUAAAACUUAGAUUUAAAAGAUGAAAUUUAUUCCGCUUCAUACGAUAAACACGACGAUCGUGUACAAGAACUCGGUGUGCUCCUUUGCCACCCUUUUGGUCGUGGCUUUUAUAGCACUUUCCGUAAUGUUGCCCGUCCUUCUGGUGUCAUUCCUAAGCCCCUAUUCGGGUAUAUCAGAGUCGCGAAUUUUAUAUGAGCAACCAAAAACGGAGUUUACUGAUCAAUAUAUAUUUGUGGGUACAACAGAACCAGUAGAGUUCGAGGAAGAGGAGUCUCUUGUCGCCUGCAGCAGUUUCGGCAAUUUCAAUGACCAGAUGGAAAGUUACACUAAUAGCUGCGUUACCACUAGAUAUUGGACCGAGGAUAUGGACAACGAUGGCGUAACAGAUCGGGCGCAUUUUCAAUUGGAACUGCAGGAUGUGCCCACUCGAUUGGUUAGUUUUAGUUUACUGCUCUUCUUCAAAGCCGAACUGCAACACAAAUGUGAUCUUUCACCUCCUUCCGUGCUGGCCCAUCAACUUUCUCUGGCCACUCGCCUCGCAAAUGGCGAGAUAAAGUUGAAAGGAGAGCUAAGUCUUAAGCAAUAUGUGGGGUUCACCUGCCCAUUUCCGGGACGCAACAUCAAGACUCAAUUCCGUGAUGUCCAGGUGGACAUAAACGCCACCACAGAGCAGUUCAAAAUGGAAUCCCUGCUAGCCCAAGUUAAGGCCAAUCCAGCUUUCUUCCAACUUGUCGUUCAGGAGACAUACUACAAUAAGACAUCACCUCAAUUUGAGCCCGGUCUCACCAUUGACCUAGAAAUUGACGUGCUCCAAGUUCCCGCUCGCUAUGAUCUUAGCAUUUGGGAGCGUCUUGGCCAAUUCUGGUUGUACUUCGCCUCAUUUUUCGGAAUAUCGUUUUAUAUCAUGAACAAGCUGAAGGACUAUCUCUUCGGACACCAUAUCGUUCGAUCCUGGGAGAUUAUACCCUGGAAGAAGCUCUACUGACACGCGUCGGGCGCCAUUUUGGAGAUGGACAACUUCUCCAUUGGCGAGUGACUCGAGGCUGGCUGUUAUUGG